AUGUUCAAUGAACCUUUAUCAUCAUCCCUCUCCUCUAACCCCAGUUCCCCUCCUUAUUAUGAUCUUACUUCUAACACUAAACAUUCUGGUUUAGAUAACCCUGACCCAACCUCCCCAAACCAUGAAGAACUUCAGGCCACAACUGACUCUGAAAAGACUCAGUCUGUACCAGAACCCUCUAAAACCAUACCUGAACCAUCUGAACAAAUUCCAGAACCCUCUGAACCCAUUCCCGAACCUUCUGAACCUGACCUCACUAUACCUACCUUUGAUGAAGGUACUGAGGAGAAGCUGGAGGCUCGUAUGGAAAAGGAAGCUUUUAAGAAGGCAGAAAGGGAAGCUACUGCCAAGAAGGCAGCUGAGAAAGCCGCUGCAGAAGCUGCAACCAGAGAGCAAGCUGAAGCUAAAGCAGCAUUGGCCACUGAAGCUGCUCAAAAAGCUGCUGAAGAUGCUGAGAAGACAACUGAGGUUGCUCUGACUCAAGGAGAGUCAUCAACAAAUGACCUUGCUCAUCUAGUCAUCAAGAUUUUGGAAGAGCUGCAGAAGGAACAAUAA